UACUUUGUAAAAUGCAACCGAACUUCUUUCCUUAGUAAUGUAAUAACCGCACACGAUGGGCGGACAUAUUUCUCAAGAUUGAAUGAAAUAAAUGACAAGUGACCAACUUCUUCACCCUUAGAGAAUCACAGCCUAUAAAUUCACCUCAAAACUUUCCCAUCUUCAAAAACAAAUGUCCCAAAUUACUCUCAAACUCAACUUUAUGCAAACUUUAACAACAAAGAUGACCUCAAAUCUUUUUCUUACUCACUCUUCUCACACUUUCUUCCCAACACUCAUCACAUUACUCAUCUUCUUCCUCUCAUCAACUCUAUCUUUAUCUGCCUCCAUAGCGCCUCCGAAAAAUAUAUCACCAUCAUCAUCAACCCGAAAACCUUUCUCCAAAAUUUACGCCUUUGGUGACUCCUACACUGAUACUGGCAACACAGUAUCAACCACUGGACCAUCAGGGUUCAACUACGUUUCCAACCUUCCUUAUGGUAUGACCUUCUUCCAUCACCCUACCAACCGCUACUCCGAUGGACGCCUCGUAAUCGACUUCGUUGCUGAGAAGCUCUCAUUGCCUUUCAUCCCGCCUUAUCGCUCCGGUGGCGGAGGAUUAAAUGGCGUAAACUUCGCGGUGGCAGGGUCCACGGCUAUAGAGCAUAGGUUCUUUGUUAAGAACAAUCUCACCUUGAAUAUUACCCCUGAGUCACUUGGAACUCAGUUAGGUUGGUUUAGCAAGUAUUUGGAGAAGCAGGGGUGCAGUGAUCAGCAUAAGAAUGAUCCAAUGAAGUGUAGUGUAUUGUUUGAUGAUGCGUUGGUUUGGGUUGGAGAGAUUGGAGCCAAUGAUUAUGCUUAUGCUUCUGAAACUGAUGUAAACAAACGUGCCCUUCAGAGUUUGGCCAUUACAAGAAUAUCAAAUUUUCUUGAGGCAAUACUGAAGAAAGGAGCAAAACAUGUAGUGGUACAAGGUUUGCCUCCUACAGGAUGCCUAACACUAGCAAUGUAUUUAGCUCCAUCAGAUGACCGAGACGACUUAGGCUGUGUUAGAAGCGUCAACACCCAGAGCUACACCCAUAACACCCUCCUCCAAGCCAAACUACAAGAUCUUAGAAAGCAGUUCCCUCGGUCCCUCAUUGUCUAUGCCGAUUAUUACAAUGCAUACCGCGACAUCAUGAAGAGCUCAAGCAAGUACGGGUUCAAGGAAGCCUUCAAGACAUGCUGUGGGUCUGGGAACGAGCCCUACAAUUAUGACUUCUUUGCAGCAUGUGGGUCCCCCUCUUCGAGCCCGUGCCCCUACCCUUCUCAGUACAUCAACUGGGAUGGGGUCCACUUGACAGAGGCCAUGUAUAAGGUAGUAUCAGGGUUGCUUCUUCAAGGAGGGUAUUCUCACCCUCCCUUUCAGGACUUGCUCAAUAGAAAGAAGAAUCAAGUAUAAGGUCUCCUAGUUAAAAAAAGUGUGAAUUUUUACAACUAAGCUGAGAGACUUUUCUAAUCUUGAUAGAUUACUACUAAUAGUAAUACAAUUAUCUGGACAACUUCGAGCUUUACACUUCAGUAUCAUUUAGAUGCCACAGUAUCUGGUCAGUUUGUAUCAUUGUGGGACUUGGGCCCUUUCUACAGUUCUCUUUCUUUUCUGUUCUUUUCUU